UUGUAAACAAGCUGAUCGUAAACGUUUUUGUUAAUUUAUUAAAUAUUAAUCCACACGACAAUGAGCAUUCUUAACAAUCCUGCUAUAAGAGACAAAAGAUCGAUAGAAUUGGAUGAAGAGUUCAACAACUUCAUGAAGAAAGUUGGCGAAGUAUCUAAUAUUGUGAAAGACAUGUCUAGUGGGGACAAAGCUAAGGCAGAGGCAGCUAAAGCUCUUGCUGACCAGUACUUAGAUGGGAAAGUUAUACUUGACGAGGACGUUACACUCAAAGUGAAACAAAACCGCACUGUGAUCAAUGAGAAGGCGUUUCAUAAUCUCGGAAAUAAAGAUGCGAAUGAGGUGGAUAAAGAAUCAUGGAUGGCCGAAGUGAGCAAGGAUGCAGAAAGACGUUAUGCAGAACGGAAGGUGCGUCGCGAACGAGCUGACACGUUGAAAACCCAAGCCAUCAAGGCAUUCCGCCGUGAGGAAUACGAUAGAGCUCUCUCAUGCUACAAUAGAGCUAUUGAACAAGUUCGUGAUGACCCCAUGUUGUACUGUGAUCGAGCACUUACUAAAAUCAAACUGGGAAAAUUCGACAAGGUGUUCGAUGAUUGCGACUUAGCAUUGCGGCUCAACGAGAACAGCUUCAGAGCGCGGCUCUAUCAAGCUAAAGCUUACAAGGAGUUAGAGGAGACGGCCAAGCUGGAGGAAUGCAGGAAACAGUUGGACACCAUGUUUCCACAGCACGCCGAAUUGAUACACGACUAUCUAGACAAGAAAGAAGGUUACGGCGACGAAGACUCCGAUUAAAUAGGAUUUAGAUGUAUUUGUUUUCCCCCUUUGAUUAUUUUUAGGUUCCACAUGUUUAUUUACUUUUUUUAACAAAACAUACAAGUGGCCGACGACAUGAUAAGGCACGUCAUCGCCAUGUAUAGUUAAUGUAUUCACGUGUACAUUUAGUUAAUAAAGUUUUAUUGUUCUAAAAGAUUACAGCUGGUUUUAAUGCCCGUUAUCAAUGCAGUCAUAUCGAUAA